UUUUUGGUGGACAGUAUUACUUCCUCAGACACCUAAAGAAAAUGAUUCACACAUUUGUUUUGUUCUGUUUGUGCUUCUGGCGUCUGAUUGGUGUGUUUAGUGAUUCAGUGUCAGUGACGGAGGGAGAUACUGUCACUUUAUUCAAUGAUCUUACUGAAAUACAUGAAGAUGAUGAGAUAGUGUGGAAAUAUGGAGCUGAAAACACUCUGAUAGCUGAAAUCAGGAGAGCUGCUGGAAUCCUCAACACAUCUGAUGUUCCUGACGGGAGAUUCAGAGACAGACUGAAGCUGGACAGACAAACUGGAUCUCUGAUAAUCACAAACAUCACAACUCAACACACUGGAGAAUAUCAACUAGAGCUACGUGGAGCAAAACUGACAUCAAAAGCAUAUACUCUUUCUGUCUAUGCUCGUCUGUCUGUUCCUGUCAUCAUCAGUAACUCUUCACAAUGUUCAUCUUCAUCAUCAUCUUCAUCACAGCAGAAUUGUUCAUUGUUGUGUUCAGUGGUGAAUGUGGGUCAUGUGACUCUCUCCUGGUACAAAGGAAACAGUUUAUUGUCCAGCAUCAGUGUGUCUGAUCUCAGCAUCAGUCUCUCUCUACCUCUGGAGGUGGAAUAUCAGGAUAAAAACAGCUACAGCUGUGUGAUCAACAAUCCCAUCAGAAACCAGACCACACAUCUGGACAUCACACAUGUUCAGGUAUGACAGAGCUGAUAUUAGUUGAUGUUGGU